AAGCGAAAAGACCAAGAUGGCGGACCGAGUGGCUUGAGAGCGGAGAACUUUAACGUCAAAGAUCUUACAGUCACAUAGAUUGGCAGCAAAUAGAACAAUACAUACCUCAAAUAUACACAUUAUAUUAAGCCCGCGAAACGGAAGUUGAAUUUGGAACGAUGGAGUGUUAUCUGAAGUGAAGAUUGAAGACGUGAUAGAAGAUGGACGACUACUGCUAUGCUAAGAUGGCGACGUCCGGUAAAAGAGAACAUGAAAGAGAAUCAGCGCCACCAACUUCCAGCAAAUCACCAACGGAGAUAAAGAAAACUGCAGAUAAAAACCUUCAGCAGCUGAUUGGUCAUCCAGAAGAACUUCCCCCUCAGUCGCAGCCACCCCACAUUAAAAAGGAGGAGGAGGAACUCUGCAUCACUCAGGAGGGAGAGUGUCUUCUAGGACGAGAGGAAGCUGAUUACACCAAGUUUCCACUGAGUAUUCUCUCUGUGAAGACUGAAUAUGAUGAAGAGAAACCACAACCAGACAACCUCUUAGCUCCACUAUCAGAUAGUGAGGCUGAAGACGAGGUUAAAAAACCUUUGAGCAGCGAUACAGACUGUGAAGGUGAUAUGAGGACUCACAUUGACAACAAACACCCUGAAUGCUCUAAAAAAAAGACAGGCAAAAAACGUUUGAGCUGCUCAGUUUGUGCUAAAAGUUUUACUAGGAAGAGCAAUUUGACUCAACACAUGAGAGCACACAAGGGAGAAAAACCAUUUAUUUGUUCAGUUUGUGGUAAAAGUUUCUCUCUAAAGAGCAGUUUGACUGAGCACCUGAGAACACAUACAGGAGAAAAACCAUUUAAUUGUUCAGUUUGUGGCAAAAGCUUUUGUCAAAAGAGCAGUUUGACUGAACACACGAGAACGCACACAGGAGAAAAACCAUUUAAAUGCUCAGUUUGUGAUAAAAGCUUUACCAAAAAGUGGCAUUUAACUCAACACAUGAUAACGCACACUGGACAAAAACCAUUCAGUUGCUCAUUUUGCGGUAAUAGCUUUUCUCGAAACAGCUAUUUGACCCAACACAUGAGAACACACACAGGAGAGAAUCCAUUUAAUUGUUCAGUUUGUGGUAAAAGCUAUUUUUCCAGACAAGGUUUGGCUCAACACAAAAUGAUACACACUGGAGAAAAACCUUUCACUUGUUCGGUUUGUAGUAAAAGAUUCCAUCAUAAUGCAGUCGCAAUAAGACAUUUAAAAACACACACAGGAGAUUAACCAAUCAGCUUUGCAGUUUGUGGAAUGUUGCUCAAAUGUGGCAAGUUUUUCAAGGUAAAUUCACUGCUUCUUUUACAAAUAUCAGAAGUCUUCAUACAAAGUGGGAUUAUCUCAAGCAUUAUCUUAUCUCUACAUGACCUCAUGUCUUCUGAGUAUUUCAAACGCUCCUGAAUAGUAAAAUGAGGCUUGUAGUGCUUGGUUACUCCUUCUUCAGACGAGACACGCAUGAUGAUUCUAGCUGGGGAGGAAUUGUAGUGUUCUUCAGUGAUGAUGUACCACCUCUAGAAUGCCUGACUUUGAACACCAACAUCAUGAAUCGAUCUGCCUGAAACUACACCUUCCAGGUCGCCUGGUGUUUAUAUUUUGUGUCUACAGACCAACAUCAGAUGAUAAUUCGGUUGUCCCUAUCCAAGAACUCCACCCAAAAUCUGAAAUGAAUGUUCUUGGGGAUGUGAAGGGCCAUCAUGAAGACUGGCUGAGAAGUAAUAAGACUGACGCUCAAGAGUUUGCUAUACUCAACCCUGGUUUAAUGACAAGUUCCAUAAGGCAGAAGGCUUUUCGAAGCAUCAUACAGAAUAUUUAUUUCCCCUAAGAAUCAGAAUCGAAUUGAGUCAUUUACAAUUACCAAAAUCCCUAUUGGAACCAUUUCCACAGGUGAGAACAGCGCAUGUAUGUGACUUUAAUUUGGCUCCUUGCUAGGAAUACGCUUGUUUGCCCACAAUAUGCUCGAGUCCUCAAGCCAACACUGAAGUCUUUAAACCAAUUAUUAUACAUUAAAAAACAACAAAAAAACACAUACAAUAUAGCUAUAUUUUAGUUUUUGAAUGUUAAAAUAUAUUUAUGGUCUUCCAUUUUAUGGAAUUAUUUUGGUUUAUGUGACGUCAGGUGGGUUCACUUCCUGUUGUAUGUAGACACGUCAUGUGUGGAUCUUCGUAUU